GCAACAUCCUAUUGUAUUAGUACUCGCCGCGGACUGAACAGAAACAAAAACAAAAGCAACAGCACAAUUGCAAAGCCCUCUCGCUCUGAUACACAUUACAUAGUCACCUCACCACGCAACAACGCAGUGUCGUUUUUGUGGUACGUUAAUGCGUCACCACCACAAGCCGGAGCUUCACAUCGGAAAACAAAACUUGGACCUCUCUUCCGAUAUCACUUCCUUCUCUCCAAACCUACCAAGUCUCUGCCACCAUGAACACUUCUCCAAUAACCCAUCUCAAAUUUCUCCACUCUCUUCACCCCACAACACACCUACAAUGACCCUCCCUUACCCUUCAUUCCCAACACCCUUUGCUUCAAAGUUUCUAACUUCAAACCUUUUCACUCGUUUCCGUUUUCUUAUUCUUCUCCCCCUUCCUUCCCUCUCUCUCUACUUCCUUGUUUCAAAUCCUAGCCCUUUAGAUUUCUUUUCUGUGAUCGCUUUCUCAGUAGCACUCUUCAUUUCCCUUAAUCUCGCACUCCCCCGUUUACCCUCUAUUUGCAUGUUCUUCACUCGAUCGUUACCCACCAACCUCUCUUCAUCUUCUUCUUCUUCCUCUUCCCCUGUUGUAUGGUCUAUUGGGUCGAAGCCCAAUCAAGUAAAGAACAAAACUUCGGGGUGUUGGGUGCAAGUUUAUAGCAAUGGGGAUGUGUACGAGGGUGAAUUCCACAUGGGAAAGUGUUGGGGUAGUGGGGUAUAUCACUAUCACAUGAGUGGAAGAUACGAGGGUGAUUGGGUUGAUGGGAAGUAUGAUGGGUAUGGUGUUGAGACAUGGGCAAGAGGAAGCAGAUAUCGUGGGCAAUAUAGGCAAGGUUUGAGGCAUGGAAUCGGAAUCUAUAGGUUCUAUAGUGGCGAUGUGUUUGCUGGUGAGUGGUCUAAUGGACAGUGUCAUGGGUUUGGUGUUCAUACUUGCAGUGAUGGGAGCCGUUAUGUUGGGGAAUUCAAGUGGGGUGUCAAACAUGGACUUGGCCAGUAUCAUUUCAGAAAUGGGGACAUAUAUGCUGGAGAAUAUUUUGCAGACAAGAUGCAUGGUUUUGGAGUGUAUCAAUUUCAGAAUGGUCAUCAGUAUGAGGGGGCAUGGCAUGAAGGAAGAAGACAAGGACUGGGAAGGUACACUUUCAGAAAUGGGGAAACACAAUGUGGUCACUGGCAGAAUGGGAUUCUUGAUGGUCCUAAAAGACAAAAUAAUUGUACCGGGUCGCCAUGUGCUGUGGACCAUGCCAAGGUUUUAAAUGCAGUACAGGAUGCACAUUGUGCUGCUGAGAAAGCUCACAAUAUGGCAAAUUUGGAUGAUGGGGUGAACAAAGUAGCCGCUGCAGCUAAUAAAGCAGCGAAUGCAGCCAGAGUCGCAGCUGUAAAGGCUGUGCAAAGUAGUAUGCACCAUAAUAAUAAUAAUAAUAAUGAUAAAUGAUACUUACCCAUUUCCUCAAUCUUGUGAUGAUAGAAAAGCAUUUCAUCUCAGUGUCAUCCUCCAUCAUAAGUUGCAAGCAGAACAUUAUUAGAUAUGAGAAAACAAAGGAAGCUGGAUGAAUGAAUGCAAGGAAGAGGAAUCAUAAAGAUGUGAAAAUAAUGAUAUCUUCUUCUCUGAAACUUGAUUGCUAAGUUAUGUACUUUUUCUUCUCCUCCCCAUGUGAGAGGUGUUUCCAUUUCUUUUAUCAUGGUACACCUGCGAGGUACCUGCUUGGAACCACUGUCUGUCAUUGAACUUGAUGACAGGUAGCGGAGCAAAUAGGGUUCCUCACUUUUGGUGGCUGCUUUUAUAUGUAUAGAAAGAGUAAGAAUAAUAGACUAAAGAGUUACUUUGUGUAUGGCAAAAGUGCCAAAAUGAUGGCCAAAGCUUACCGUAGGAUUUACAUAUUGAAUUCCAGUUACGAGCAUGGUAGUGUAUCUAUCCAAUUGGGUGCAUCUAUGAAGUUGCACAUAAACAAGUGCUAUAUAUGGUUGGUGAAGAUUUAAGUGUUAGAAGCUCAAUUUCGUUAUCAUUUACACGAGGAGACUAAUGCAUCAAACAAUGAUGUAUGCUUAUUAUCUCAAAAAUUGUAAAAGUAUGAUAGAACAUCUAUUAAUUGGAAGAAUUUUAUAUUGUAGAAUGAGUGUCUGUUCGGCACAAUGUUAUUUAAGAGAAAUUUU